GCCGGGGAUGGACACGUAGGAUAACAUGCCGGGGAUGGACACGUAGGAUAACAUGCCGGGGAUGGACACAUAUAGGAUAACAUGCCGGGGAUGGACACAUAUAGGAUAACAUGCCGGGGAUGGACACAUAGGAUAACAUGCCGGGGAUGGACACGUAGGAAAACAUGCCGGGGAUGGACACGUAGGAAAACAUGCCGGGGAUGGACACACAGGAUAACAUGCCGGGGAUGGACACACAGGAGUACAUGCUGGGGAUGGACACACAGGAUAACAUGCUGGGGAUGGACACAUAGGAGAACAUGCUGGGGAUGGACACAUAGGAGAACAUGCUGGGGAUGGACACAUAGGAGAACAUGCCGGGGAUGGACACAUAGGAGAACAUGCUGGAUAUGGACACAUAGG